UGUACAUUUCCGUUUCACCAGCCAACCGUUCAUCUCAUCUCUAGACUCAGUGCGCAGUGCGCCUGCGUCACGACCACGACCACGACCUCCACACCUUAGCAUACGACCUCCAUUAUGGCACUCCCCUACAAGACUACCCCACUCGUUGCGCCCGGGCACACGCGACCUGUCACGCACCUAUCAUUCUCUCCUCUUCAAGACGAUGGGACGUACGUGCUGAUCUCCAGCUGCAAAGAUGGCAAUCCUAUGCUUCGCGAGUGGACCGGAGACUGGAUUGGAACCUUCAUCGGACAUAAGGGCGCGGUUUGGAGUAGCAAGCUUUCCCCGGAUACUUCUCGAGCGGCAUCCGGCAGCGCAGACUUCACAGCCAAAAUCUGGGACACGUACACGGGCGAAUGUCUCCACUCCUUCCCGCACAAUCACAUCGUCCGAAGCGUGGCCCUCUCGCCAACUUCGUCUCACCUGCUCACCGGCGGGCAGGAGAAGAAGGUGCGGAUGUUCGAUCUCGGUCGUCCCGACGCCGAGCCGGACUUCCUCGUCGAUAGCGCCAGUGCUCUCUCGCAUGAAGGCACAAUCAAGAGUGUAGUGUGGGUAGGGGACCACACGGGCGUAACAGCAGGGGAGGACGGACUGAUCAAGUGGUGGGAUCUCCGGACGCGGACCAUCUCGACAAGUCUGACCUUCCCGGGCCCGAUCACGUCGAUGGAGCUUUCGCCGCAGACGAAUAGGAUUGUCGUAACCUCGGGCAAGACCGUCUCAUUCAUCCCGGCGCUGCUGAAUGGACCUCAAACGCACAGCCUGACGCUUCCGUAUGCGCCAUCUUCCGCGUCUAUCCACCCAAUCCUGCAGGAUCGCUUCGUCACGGGCAGCACCAGCGACGAGUGGGUCCGCAUACACGACGUUACGGGUGAAGAACGUGAAGUGCUUAAGGGCCACCAUGGUCCUGUCCACUGUGUCGAGUUCAGUCCUGAUGGUGAGAUGUUCGCGAGCGGAAGUGAGGACGGCACAAUCCGGCUCUGGCAAACUACCCCAGGGAAGAGCUAUGGACUCUGGCAGGGCGUGCCCGCAAACGGCGGGUGAGAUGUUCGCUAUGCACUCGACCGCAUCAGACGUCAUGAACCACUCUAAUGCUAUAUUCCGCCCGUUAUUUUGUUGUAGGAGGUAAAGCAAUAUGUCGUCGGGAGGUCUUGGCGCAGGGGUAAGGUAGCAAUGUCUGUACUAAGGAUGCUGUCGCACUUGUGCUGUCAUGAUGAUAUGUAUCGGUUGUCUCUAACCGAGGUCUUU